AGGGGCAGCACAGUCGUCUCACAGACACUAAAGCACACACACCUCCCACCACAAGAGCAAUCCAAGCCACCCACAGCAUAUCCUUACCAUGGACAACUACAACCAUAAGAAAUUCACUGGAGCCCUGAAGCGCAAGCGUUGCCACGCGGAGGAGUCCGACGAUGAUGUGGUCUUCAUUAUGGAGCAGUGCGGAAAUCGCACACCCGAACAGCCGCAGCCCAAGCGUCGCUUCUUCCGGCCCUGGCUGGACGAGUCGGUGGCCCAGGAACAGGAAUCCCAAACGACACGCUCCCGCAGCCCGGCUAGCCCGCCUCUAGUGGAUGCCACAUCGACUUACCACGCCAACAUGGUGCGCUCCCACACUCCCCGCCAGCGCAGUCCCCAGGAGCAGCUGCGUCGGGACCGCAACACCUUGGCCAGCCUUCGCCACAGACGCCACAAGCAGCAGGAGCAGGCUCUCAUGGAGCAGCAGUACUUGGACUAUCGGCGACAACACGAGGCCAAUCUGCAGCAACAGGUCCGGCUGAGCCUCUACUAUGUGAGGUUCCUGCAGCAGACCAUGGCCGCCACCCGAGAGCCACUGCAUCCCUCCAGCCAUCAGCAGAUGCCCAGAGCUCAGGCAACGACCCAACAUUCUUGGGGAGUCUACAACUAA